CGGGGCUCCCGUCCCCUUUGCGGCCGGAGGCGCGGGAGGUGCUCUCCCUCCGCAGCCCCGCGAGGGCUGGGGCUGCCCCCGGCCCGUUGAGGCGGAGGGCGGGCGGUUUCGGCGCCCGGGCGGAGCGGGACCUGCCCGGGGCGUUAUUGCUGCCCCGGCCGCUCGGGCAGCACCGCGUCCCCCCGCCCGCAGCCGGGCUGGCCCCGUGUGCAGGCAGGACGGGACAGGACGGCCGUUCGGUCUCUGCUGGUGUUUAGUUGGGGUUUUUGGUUUGUUUGUUGGACUUUUGUCUUGUUUGCUUGUUGUUUUGCCCUUGUUUGGGUGCUUGUUUGGUUUUUCUUAAUCCCCCCUCUUCGUGUUCUUUCUUAGCUUGUUUUCAUAGUUUCUGUUUGUAGUUGUUCGUACCAGCCGUAUUUACCAACUUUGUCAUUAGGUCCAAGCCGUAGCUAACUUGGUUUUCGAAAUGCUGCUGGUGCCUUAAAAUGAUAAAUUAUCUUUUCCCAAAGCCUUCAGGGCAGCCCUAAAAUGUCAAAAGUGUGAUUUCAUGGUUUUCCUUAAUCUUGCUCUCCUUCUUUUUCAGGUAUAGCUUAGUGUUAUGGGUGAUACGGAAGAAGCUAAAAUGCAGAUAGCACCAGAAACUCCAGGAAGAGUCACAAUCCUGAAUCCUUUUGAAAGUCCCACUGAUUACUAUACUCUUCAGGAGCAGAUUGUUUCCAGUCCUUCCAUCUUUAAGUCAACAAAAUCCUCAUCUACACCAGGAAAAUUUAGAUGGUCUAUUGAUCAGCUUGCUCUAAUAAAUCCUGUGGAAAUAGACUCGGAAGACAUUCGACGCCAAGGAAUGUAUUUGAGCCACGCUAGAAUUGAUAAGGAGACCGAAGAAAGAAGGCAAAAAGCUAUUGAGGAGUUUUUCACAAAAAAACUCAUAGUUCCUUCUCCUUGGACUGAACAUGAAAGCAAGGAAGUUUCUCAGUUUAAUUCAACUAAAUCCAUAGAUAUAAAUAACAUUUCUCCAAUUGGAAGACAGCUGAGCUUGCAGCCUGGGAAAAGCAAUGCUGCUUGUCAGACAGUACUGACUUUGCCAGUGGAUUUUAAUUUAGAGAAAAUACUUGGUGAAUAUUUUAGAACUGAUGAAUUUGCAGAUCAGUCUCAGGAAAAUCUAAGCUCUUCAUCACUCAGAAGAAAGCUAUUUUUAGAAGAAAAUGGGAAUGUAUCUGCAUGUUUGUCCCCUUCUCUGCAUAGUCCAUGUGGUAGUCAGCCACUUGGAGUGCUUUGUUCAAUAGAAUUAUCUCCAGUCCGGUGCAGAAGCCCCCUGGACACAUCUAGUUCAGCUCAGUUUUCAUCAAGUCCUAUUCAGGGAGGAACAAGAGCUUAUAGUUUGGGAAGUAUAACCAGUCCGCCGUUUUCAGAGGGGUCUCCUGCACAUAAUGGUUCUCCUGCUUUUUCACCAAUUGCUUUUCACAUAAGAAAAACACCACUCUCAGACCAAAGAAAAUUUACAUUUCGUUCUCCAGAUAUUCCUUCUUCCUCCAAUAGAAUGACACCCCCAACAAGUACAAGAAGUCCUUACAUAGAUGGUUGUUCUCCAAUUAAAAAUUGCUCUCCUAUGAGGCUUGGAACCUGUAGAGGAACUGCCCAAUAUCAGACUUCUGUCAUUAGAAUACCAAUUGCAGUUGAGAAUCGUGAUGAGGAUGAGGAAGACAAGGAAAGCACUUCUUCAGCAGAAGCUGGGUUCCCAGAAAUGGAUAAUGGAAUAAACUUACAUCAGGAAGGCAAUGAUACUUUUGCACAUGGUACACAUCUUGUGGUGGCAACUGUGUCAAUUGCACCAGAUCACUCAGAAGGUUGUCAUCAAAGGUUGUCAUCUUUUCAGGAUAUAGAAGGCUUAAAGGAAAGUAAUACUGUAGACAUGGCUGAUGCUGCUGAAGUGUCAGAGGGAAACACUUGGAUAAAAGAAACAAUUGGCAGUAGCAAUACACCAAUGACCAGCUUUAUGACAGGCAUUACUUUCAGUAUCGAAAGCUCUCGCAUGUGCAUGUCACCUCUUGCAGAAAGCAGUGUGAUUCCUUGUGACAACAGUAGUAUUCAGGUGGACAGUGGUUACAAUACACAGACUUGUGGAAACAGCAUUAUGGAUACUGCAGAGGCUGAAAACAGUUGUAAAGAAAACGAUGUGAAUACUGUUAUGUUUCAGAAUAAAUCUCAGCUGCUCAGAACAAAGGAGUGUUCUGUUUUAAGCCAUAAGGACAAUCAAUUGCUGAGAAAAAAAUCUCCAGAGAAGCAAUCCUGUUUUCAGAAAGCCAAAACACAUAGCACAGUAUUUGGUCAAAAUGCAACUUGCAACAUUUCUGCUUGGAAACAUAAAAAUGAAAAUCAAGUUCAGGGAUUUCACAAAACUGGGAGAAAAAAAAUCCACAUGGUAAUCUUGUGACCCUAGUGACCAAGAGGGAAAGAAGAGGUAUGGGAUACACUGGUAUUUCCAGGCUGUUUAUGUAGAGCUCUGGUAAACUUCAUUGGAUUAAUGAAAAAGGGAAGUCCAUUCUAACAAGUGUUCCAGGUAAAGCAGUCUUCCUCUCUUUUCAUAGCAAUGAUGUCCUAGGAUACUGUAUGGGAAUUCUGCUUUCUGUUCUAUUCCACAACCCACAGAAAAGCUUGUACCAAAGUGACAGUGGCUGAUGAGCAGCUGUUGGCACACUAGGCCUGAAACCCAUUAGUCACAUUGGUCAGGUCUAAAUUUGAAGGCAAGACAGCAUUUUUAAAAAAUCUCAAAAGGGGAGGUGUGAACAGAAUCUCUUUGCAUUAAUAUCAGUGUGUUAGACCUGAGAGUUGUGUGUUGUUUGAAUAGAACAGUUCUUGAAAUAUUUUAAUUUAUAAUUUCCUAGUGAAGGCUUUCUGAGAAGCAUAUUUCAGAAAAGGAAAUGUCUGUCUGCAUCACUUGAUUGUAGUUCUCACAUUGCAAAAAUAAAUAUUGAAAAAUUUACUUUAGAAAUCUAAUGAGCAAACAUAAUGUGCAUUAUUUUUACUUCUGUAGCAAUUUAAUCACUAUUUCUGAAAUGCAUGUGGGAUUGCCAUGGAAUGUCAACAUAAUGGAAUCGAGUGUCAUAGAGUAGCUAUUUCAUGAUCUCCAAACAGUGCCCUACUAGAAGCUGAAAUACACUGAAUUGCUAACUGUUAAGGGAUAAAUUUUGUUAAAAGUAGGAAAUGAACUCAGACUUCUGAAAAACAAACUUGAUAGAAUAGGGCCUUCAAAACGUUCUUAGCUUUAGCUUCUAAGUUUUGUCACUCAGAAGCAGGAUAAAACUUGUUUGAGAUUUAAAAGUUACAUAUGACCUUGUGUCAUUUUUGUUAUGAUAACUUCAAUGAUAAGCAAUUGAAAGGACUGUACAAAGCAUUUAUUUUUGCAAUUGUGAUUACUAAAAUAGUAAUGUAAAUUUAAUGAAUGUUAAGCAGGGCAGCCCAAAUUAUGAUCUGUUUCUGAAUUUUUCUGAGUUAUGUGUAUAAUUAAGAUUUACUUUUUAACUAAAUCUUUUGUUUUUAUAAUGUGUUCAAUGAUCAGAGGCUUUUGAAGUAUUCACAAGUAAAAAAGCCAUCCCUUAAGUAUUUAACUUCAUCCUGUAUUAGUAUUUUCUUAAAGGUAAGAAAAAUGUAAGAGCAGAAAUAAGUGAAUGUGAGAAGUGAUUAAGGAUGCCCCCAGCUGGAUUGCCUGUAUUUUUUGUCCUGUUUUGUAGUCUUCAGUUAGAUGGGAAAUAUUUAUUUUAUGAAAACAUGCUUAUUUUUUUAUUAUGUUUGUACAACUGAUUUGUAGAAGAAACCUGCUGUGCAAAUUACCAUGGAAAUCACUUCACCAUUCUGUUUCUGUUGUUGUUAAUGCAUUGGUUGGCACACCUUGCACAAAAUGGUCAUUGUUUACAUUAAAUUAAUACCAGUAGUUUUAAUUAGAGUCCUUUAAUAUGUCUAAUUGUAAAUUGAGUAGUGAAACAGAAUAAAGACAUUUCUUUAAUA